UUAGACAAGCGAUAGACUUACGCUUGAAUAGGGGAGAAAAUUACCUGCCACCCGCUCUGGGAAUGCCGGUAGAACGCAUAUUUCUCCAUGAUCCAGUUGUAAAUACUGUUGAGGGUCAGCUUCUCCUCCUCGCUGGAGAAUAUGGCCUGGGCAAUCAGCGUCGCGUAGCUGUACGGCGGCUUCAGGUCCUUGGCCGAAUCUUUGCUGUAGUCGAUCUCCUCCGUACUCUCCAUCAUCAUCCCCCGGUUGUACAGGGGCGACUGCUUGGCGGUGCGGGCUCCCGCCGUGUCCGGCGACCCGCGGCGGCGGAUGUGGGCGCGGCCGGGGUGGUUUCCGGACCCCCGGGGGUGGCGGCAUCGGUCGGGUGUGGUGCGGGAUGGGCGUGCUGGGAGGCGUCCCAGGUGGCCAGGUCCUCCUCCCCGUUGGCCAGCCGCUGUGCGCGCUCGACAAAGCUGGGGUGGAUGGUGGCCUUGUCGCCGGGGGUGACGAACAUCAUCUGAGUAUUGGCGAUCUCGAUGAUGUCGCCGCAGGUGAGGAUGGCGUCGGUGCCGCGCUUGAGGAUGCUGUUGUUGACGCGGACGCCGUUGCGACCGUUGACGCGGAUAUGCCACGCGGCUGUGUCCUCGCCGUCGUAAAAGAUCUCGGCGUGGAGGCGCGACACGAACUUGCUCGGACCCAGGUCGACAUUGACCUCGGGGAGCGCGCGCGCGGCGAUGGUGACGGGACUGGAUUGCUCGUCGAGCUUCUGCUCGCGGUCGGGUUCGCGGCCGAUGUUGACAUGGAGGGUCUUGACGUAAUAGGUCCAGUUGCGGCCGGCGAUUUUGGCGUAGGCACGGAUGCUCUGCUUGUUUUCGGUCUUGGAGUUGGAGUGGUCGCGCAGCACGCGGACCUCUUCGCGGGCGACAUCGAGGUAUGAGAUGACCAUAUCCAUCAGGUCCUGAUUCUCCGACAGAUCAUGGUCUAAGGAUGAACCGUCCGGCUCCUCGGGGGACUCGGCUUUGACGGCACGCGGUUGGGGAGAAGUCCGAUCAACCUAGCAGGGUCAGCACAGGGCUACA